UCCCAAAACAUACAACUUGAAAAAUUCUCAACAUUAUUAUUAUUGCUCUCCUCAAACGAAUAGUAUAUACAAUAUGGAAGCAUAUCAUGUUUCAUGGUCAGAGGUGUGGGAUAAAGGAAGAAGAGAAGUUCAUUAUUAUCUGAAAAGGAGAGAUGGACGGUCAGAUCUGGCUGUGGUGGGAAAAGACAAGUCUUAUCACUAUGCAAUUAAGGACUUGUCUUUGUUCUUUCUAUCAAAUUCUUCAUCUCUUCCGAAACUCAGGUCUAGAAUAGACGUUAUUCAUUGGCUUAAUUCCAUUGUCCGAGUUUCAGAUUCUGAUACUCAUAAGGCAGACGGUCCUAAUGGUGGAUGUUCUGACAGUAAAAACACUAGUGAUGUUAAUUCGGGUGUAUUGAAGAAUGUUCAGAUGUCUUUUCAAGGAAAGGAUGCUACUGAAUUUAUGUGGCUUGGUUCUCCCUGGACCUGUAGGAAAAAGCGUAAACAUUACCAGUCCUUUAACAGAAAUGGUGUUAUUGUUUCUGUUCAUGAGUUUGUCUAUGUGUUAGCUGAAGAAGAUAAGAAGCUGGUUGCUCAUUUGGAUGAUAUAUACGAAGACUCCAGAGGCAACAGGAUGGUUGUGGUACGAUGGUUUCACAAAAUUGAUGAAGUUGGUAUUGUUUUGCCUCAUAAUUAUAAUGACAGAGAGAUUUUCUUUUCUCUUUGUCUUCAAACUCUCAGUAUUGAAUGCAUAGAUGGACUGGCUUCUGUUCUCAGUCCCCAGCAUUAUGAGAAAUUUUUGAGUGAGGUUAGGCACACUCAAGUGAAGCCGUUUGUAUGCCGAUGGCAGUUUGAUAAUGAUGACCUCCAGCCCUUCGACAUCACCCGAAGUAAGGGUUACUGGGAUCAAGACAUAAUAAAGUACCUGUCCUUUCAGUCUCCUGCUAGAAUUCAGCCCGCUUGUGAUGGUUUGAAGGGGGGAGGAGAUAUUGAUGCAGUCGGAAGCAGGCCGAAGAAGAGGCUUCGUUUAACUAAAGCAGGUGAUACGUAUAAGCUGUCUACUCAGAGGAAAGAAACUGUUAAAUGUGGCCUAAAAGAUAUCAACAACAGUCUAAAAGAAGGUUGGUCUAAUGUGUCUUUACCUGCGAAAGAUGUGCUUGAGCAUUCUCGGUAUUUUCCAAUUGGGGCUCAGGUUGAAAUCCUGUCUCAAGAUAGUGGUAUCAGGGGUUGUUGGUUACGAGCAACGAUCAUCAAGAAGCACAAGAACAAGGUGAAAGUUCAGUAUCAGGAUAUCAAGGAUGCAGAUGAUGAAGCUAAAAAUCUUGAGGAGUGGGUUUUGACCUCUAAAUUAGCUGCAGUUGAUGCAUUUGGUGCAAGGAUUUCUGGGAGAAGCAUUCUUCGUCCUUCUCCAAUGUCCUACACAGGCAAAGUUUCAUGGGCAGUUAAUAUUGGAUGUAUUGUGGACGCAUGGUGGCACAAUGGAUGGUGGGAAGGCAUUGUAGUAGAAAAGGAAUCUGAAGAUAAACUACAUGUCUAUCUCCUAGGAGAAAAACAAGAGAUGAUCUUUGGUCGAGGUGAUUUGCGUCAUUCACAGGAAUGGUUGGAAGAUGGGUGGAGGAAUUUGAAGGAAAGUCCUGAGCUUGUGUCAGCAUUGGCAGCUGUUAAGGUUAAUCAGGUGAUAGAUGACUCCUGUCAUAGUAAACAGGAGCAAACUGCCAUUUCUGAUGGUCAAGAACUCUCGUCUGUUCCUUAUAAAAAUAAUUUGGACAACACUAGCAUUACUGGGCUGGAUUUCCAAGAGAACAAGAUAGAAGAGCCAACAGUGGUCAGAGAUCUUUCAAAGGAUAAUUUACUAGCUCAGUUGCGGUGGAAGUCAUCAGGCAAAAGAAGACACUGCAGAAGCCCUGUCCAUAAGGUUCAUUUUAGUGUUAAUAAAAGUCAAAAUAGUAGAGAUUUAGUAAGGGGGAGUGGCAGGAAGUUCCUUUUCCCUUCCACAAAAGUUGAUACUGACAAUUGCAAAUACAUUAGUGACUCUGUGUUCACUUCGGUAGUUUCCCCAUUAACCAGCUUGGUUAUGUCUAGGUGAUAUAUUUUGUCUAUCUUGUAGUUUAGGAUUGCUGCAGGGUUACCCUCUUAAUUGUAGCCUAGUUGAUUUAACGUGUAAAUGCUUUAGUGACGUUUUCGAAAGGUUUAGGGUUUAUAAGUUCUAAAGUUAUUCCCGUAUAAUUUGUAAGAAGAGCUUGAUGGUUUAUGCACAGCCGAGGAGUUUUAAUGGCAGUGUAACCAUUUAGAUAUACAGCCUGCUAGCUGAACAUCUGGUAAGCUGGUAUAUAAUUCUCCGAUGUAGUUUCAGAUACUUGUACUCUCUAAUCAUCUCUUCUGCAAUAAACGUUAUGAAUUUUUUUUUCC